AUGGGAAAGCAAAAGCAAAAGAAAAGCGAAUACAACACCUUCCUUGACGGUGAGAAAUUAAACGACAACGCCGGGAUAAGAACGUCCCUGCAAGAUCCAGGAAGCUCGUUACAACGAACCAUCUCCCCACCCCCCACGCCCAUCACCGCGAAGACGAAAAGAGAAGAAAAGGGCAAGCAAAAGGGCAGGGAGAAGAAGCCCAAGAAACCACCACUGACGCACUUCCUCUGCCUACCACUCAUCAACGAGAGAUCGAAAUCGGAGUUGGCACAGGCGUUGGAUAGAUUUGCAAAGGAUGUGGAAGAGAAGAGGAUCGGGGUGCCGAGGAAGGCGAUUAGGCCGGUCGGGACGAUGCAUCUGACGCUGGGCGUCAUGAGUUUGGAUAAGGAGGCUUUGGAGGAAGUGCGGCAAUUUCUGUCCGGUGAAGAACUCGAUUUGCGAAAGCUGUUGUCGGAAUCAAGGGCAAGUGGAGCGGGUGUAGAGGGUGAAGGGACAGAGCAGGGGGAACAGUCAGAACAGGAAGCACCGAAGAUAGAUUCCGAUGCUGGAGCUGAUAGGCCGACGCCGUUGACGCUGGACCUGAGAGCUUUGCAUCCCAUGCAAUCACCCAAGAAGACGAGUAUCCUUUACGCCGAACCGGUGGAUGCUACUUCCCGCCUCCUCCCCUUUGCCGAUGCCCUUAGGAGGACAUUCAUGGAGAAGGGGUGGGUGAUUGAUGACAAAAGACCCCUUAGGUUACACGCUACGGUGCUGAAUACGGUGUAUGCUAUGCCGAGAGGACGAGGAGGGGGAGGGGGAAAAUGGAUGGGUAAAGGAAAGAAGAAAGGGGAAAGGAUGGGAAGGGAGAAAGAGAGGGAGAAGGUUAGGAAGAGGGAACAGAUGCUCGAACGGGAUGAGGAGAGUGGGAUAGGGGAAGGUGAGGAAGUGGUUGAUGUUGAUGAGGAGGUGCAGGAGGAGGUGAAUAGCGCUGAUCGAACGCAGGGACAUGGACCGGAUUCAAAAGGCUGGAUGCGGUUCGAUGCUUCGGCGCUGAUUAAGGAGUAUAAGAAGUUUGUGUGGGCUGAGGGCGUGGUGGUGGGUAAGGUGCAGAUCUGCAAGAUGGGGGCGAGGAAGAUACUGGAUGAGAGUGGAGAGGUGGUGGAUGAGGAAUAUGAGGUCGUUUUCGAGAGGGCGAUAUAG